CUCUCUCUCUCUUUAUUCUCAAACCACCACACAAACACACCAACCUCUUGAAUCUCUCCUCUCUCUCUAUAUGGCGCCGACAGUUAAAACGGCGGUAGUUAACACCAACGGCGGAGACGGCGGAAUCAAAGAAACCCGUUACAGAGGAGUGAGAAAGAGGCCAUGGGGUCGUUACGCCGCCGAGAUCAGAGAUCCGCACAAGAAGACACGUGUCUGGCUCGGAACGUUCGACACUCCAGAAGCAGCCGCUCGUGCCUACGACAGAGCUGCUCUUCGUUUCCGCGGCGCUAAAGCGAAAACCAAUUUCCCUUAUACCUACAUGGUCGACAACAACGAGAGCCCGACGCAAAGCAGCACCGUCGAAUCAUCGUCGAUUCCGGACCUCAAUCUCGGAUCCGUCGGUUCGAAACUCCCUUUCCCGAAGGUUCAGGUCAAGCCUGGGAUGAUCUUGUUCGAUGAAGAGUCGACGAGGAGUGAAUCGGACUCGUCGUCUGUGGUGAUGGAUCGUAGUCCGGAGAGACGGUCACGUGUGUUAUUGGAUUUGGAUCUUAAUCUCCCUCCAAAGCCUGAGGACUAAGAUGAAUUAUCAAAUGGUCUGAAUCGAGAGUAACUAUAGAUGAAGCUUGUCUCGUUUAUUAUUAAGUUGGUGCCAGUGUAGAGAAUGUUUUGUUCUCAUCUGCUGUUGUUUAUCGACUAAUUGUAACGUUUUCGUUUAAUUUUCUGAUCAGCAAAACUUAGUAAAUCUGUUUUGGCAUGAA